UAGAGAUUAGAUUCCCUACAGAAUUAGACAUUAAAACAAUGAAGAUAAAGGCAGCUUCUCCCUUUUCAUAAUAAAACUCACAACAAAGAACAUACUGAACAUAUGUGACUGUAAUCUGCAGACAGUAUCCCCACAGUACAUCCUCACAAGGGAUACGCACCAGGUCUGGUUAUAUUGUGUCAUUUCCAGCCAUAGACUAUCACGCUCCAUUACCACAACACAUAAAGGAGCCGGCACUUUAUCUACAGUCACCUCCCAGGCGCCUAUUACUUCCUUGUACAUGUUGGGGAUCAGUAACCUUUGAUGUAUGAAGCAACAAGUCUCUGUAUUAUAUCCACUGCUGAAGAAUUAGAAAGAGGAUCAUCUAAAAGAAGCUUCCAAGGUUUGUUCAAGCAAGAUAUUUCCAAAGGAUCUAUAAAGGAUCUUAUCAUCAAGAUCAACUUUCAAUCAACGUAGUUCCGGCCUCCGGAACCUCAAGUAUUGAAAUGAUGUCCUACAUUAAACAGCCACACUACGCAGUCAAUGGGCUGACGUUAACUGGAACAGGAAUGGAUUUAUUGCAUUCUGCUGUUGGAUAUCCGUCCACUCCACGGAAGCAGAGAAGGGAGAGGACAACCUUUACAAGGGCACAGCUGGAUAUUUUGGAAGCUCUAUUUGCAAAAACACGUUAUCCUGAUAUCUUUAUGAGGGAAGAAGUGGCCUUAAAGAUAAAUCUUCCAGAAUCACGGGUGCAGGUGUGGUUUAAGAACAGAAGGGCCAAAUGUCGCCAGCAACAGCAGCAGAGCAGUGGACAGGCCAAACCACGUCCUACCAAGAAAAAGUCUUCUCCUGCAAGAGAGACUAACUCAGAAGCCAGCACCAAUGGGCAGUAUAGUCCUCCACCUCCUGGCACAGCAGUGACCCCCAGCUCUUCAGCUAGUGCCACAGUCUCCAUAUGGAGUCCAGCUUCUAUAUCUCCCAUUCCAGAUCCCCUGUCUGCCGUCACCACUCCUUGUAUGCAAAGAUCAGCUGGCUACCCUAUGACCUACAGUCAAGCUCCAGCCUACACCCAGAGCUAUGGAGGAUCCUCUUCUUACUUCACUGGCCUGGACUGUAGCUCCUACCUGUCUCCCAUGCACCCACAACUAUCUGCUCCAGGAGCAACACUGAGCCCCAUUGCCACUUCAACAAUGGGUAGUCACCUCAGCCAGUCACCUGCAUCUCUCUCAGCCCAGGGAUAUGGAGCUUCCAGCCUUGGAUUCACCUCAGUGGAUUGCUUAGACUACAAGGACCAAACUGCUUCUUGGAAGCUUAAUUUCAAUGCCACUGACUGCCUUGACUAUAAGGACCAAAGUUCAUGGAAAUUCCAGGUCUUGUAAAGCCGGUUAAAGACUUUGCCAGGCCGAAUCAAUCGAGAGUCAAUAAUCAGGCGAAGGUACAAUAGUGGGAAGA